UAUCCAAACGGGUCAGCGGGGUGGACCUGUCGGGCCAGGGAGCUCUUCGAAGAGUCGACUUCAGGUCUCUGAGUUUCAGAGUGGCAGCACUAAUCGUACUAUCCAGCAGGCUCCGAAACCCGUAUGUCAGUAAACCGCGUCAAUGCCACUAUAUCCGGGUCAUUGCCCCAGAUCGCUCCUGCGGCUCCUUCUCCCCAUCUACAGCGUCAGGACGUUACAAGAACGAUAGAUAAGCUCGUACCUUCUGGAAAUGACCAGCUACGCAACAAUGGCCAUGACAGCCUCAGGCAAAGCCAAAUGGAACAAUCUCUUAAGCGAUCCGUGACGCUCGUCAUUUGGUAUAAGCAUGAGAUACCUACCUUUCCUUUGUUUCAGAUUUCCCAUUUUCCCUCACUCGUUUCGGAUCUUGAGUUGACACCAGCGUCUUGUCUUGACGCAUAUAAUGCCAUUAGUGGGUACUGGGAGCAACACAUGAUCACUACAGUCCGUACCAUCGAGUCGGAACAGAGGCUAUUGUACAAGCUGAGAAAAAGCUUGGUUUCUGGCCUUGCGGAUGACGAAUGCAAAGGUCUUUCGGAGGAGUUUGCAUUGCAACCCAGGCGAAAUCAACAUCAACUCGCUAGUCCCGCCCUUCCUUCUACGUCCCACAAGCGAACACUUUCCGCUGAUGCUGAGGUUCCAACUUCCAAACGUUUCUUCGUUCCCGAGAACUAUUCUCCCCAUUCCAUGUACAUGCCGCCGAUAGGCUAUGUGGUCCCUCACACUGUGCCCUACCCCACUCCGCUCGUCAGCACCCCGUUAGCAGGUCCCUCCCAAAUGCGACAGGGAGAUGGAAUGGAGGCAAACACACCAGCUGAAUUUCAUGGAACCGUGGGACUUCAGUCUCCUGUUAUCCCUCAGACCCCGUUAUACAGCCCCAACGCGCCUGGCAUCUCUGUUACUCCCGCCACUCGAAUUUCCCUAUCUCACCAGCUGCACGAGCCAAUAAAACGCUGGCCUAAUGAUUACACAGUUUCCGAAAUCGCCGACGGCUUCCGGACAAUGGAUGCCAUAACUACACAAACUCCUACCACCACGCAGCGUGUGGCAUUCGAACGCGUCUUUGGAUGUCGAUAUGUAAAGAGCACUGUGUGUCGGCAUCGUGCAGUCUAUCGGAAGGCAGAUCCUGCUGUACGAGCAACAUUCAGGCAAAUGGGGAGUAGUGAGCAGGCGGUUUGGGGUGAGUUUGUGAAAAAGGUUGAGGGAAAACUGAUGACCACGCCUAAAUUAACUGGUGGUGGGGACGAGGAAGGAGCGCCCCAUAAAGUGAGCGCUGCUCUGAAUCCCGAUAUGAACCCCGAUUCUGGUACCCAUGAAUCCAUGGACCAAUCUCACACAAAUUCACAGACAGAUCUGGUGUUACAACGGUGUCCAACCGGUAGGACUUGGCUAACCUCGUACCUAGGGACCUUGAGCGAGUUGCUGAUAUUUCCACAGAGCCCACUGCACCCUUAACGUCCAGCUUGGCGGAAACAGUUACAGCAACAGAAUAAUACCGUUAGUAGAGGGUGCAACGGGGCCUGCACGAACGCUGUUUGGCAGCCAUGUCACGGGUAUACGGUAAAUCUUUUAUUGGCAAGAUUCUGCGCCGAGCUGGUGGUCGUUGGCUUCUCUCGGUGGGCUCUUCGGCUCUAGUAGUUCUAGAAGCUGAGGAUGACUACGAUACUGUGCACCCCUCCCAUUACUAUGGCGAAGAAGUCUUGUUUUGGCA